AUGCCAUCUGAAAAGAAUCUCGACCAGAUUUUAAUGCCAACACUCUGCUUUGGUGAUAUCAGUCGAGAUGAAAUUAACACUGUUCUCAAUAUUGCAGGUGUUUCUUUAGCUCCUCCUACUAAGACACCUUUUGUAACAGGUAUCCAGCGUAAGCGUCCUGUUGUCAUUAAUACCCCUAUUAUCAACGAGCAGCAAAAUAAAGAAAGCAUUCCUUCGACAUUGACAGAGCAAAAACAAACAAAGAAAUCAGAUCCGGUCAUCGAAAAACCACCAAUUGUCGAGGAAAAGAAGGAAGCAGCCCCCUCAGUUUCCGCUCCUCCACCUGGUAAAUCUCAACAGCAACAAAGGCCUUCCUCUGCAAAGAAAGAAACAAAGCAACAACCACCAGCAACAAGCAAUAUCACCGCACCUCCCGCUGCCAAUGCUGCACAGACCACAUCCUCCGCUACUGUUACUACUGCUGCUGCUGCUGCUACUGCUGCGACUGCAACUGCACCAGUAACAGCAACUACAUCUCAAACUACUGUUGAACCUCCCUCACCUCAACCAAAGGUAAAGCCACCAGGAAGUUGGGCGUCUUUGCUAAAGAAGCCUGAUAAUGCCAAAAAACCAGCCUCAGCCAAUGGACCAUCAGCAAAUGGAGUAGUAGUAAAUGGAAAGCCCUCUGCCACCAGACCCAACAAGCCUGCUUCACCCACCCCAACUACAAUGCCCAAAUUCACAGGUGUUGCAGAUAUUAUUAGCAAAUACGAGCCAACCUACACUGCUCCUUUGCUACAACCUCGCGGAUUGAUUAAUAAUGUCAACACUUGUUUCAUGAAUGUGAUAUUGCAACCACUCUCCCAUUGUGCUCCAUUCUACAAUCUCAUCAAAACCAUUAGCAAUCAGGUAGCUCAUACCAUCAAGAGCAAAACUCCCCUGUUGGAUUCAAUCAUUGAAUUUAUCAAUGAAUUCCCCUGUGAGCGCUUGGAUAACAUGGAAAAGUACGGAGAACCGUUUGUACCAGAAUAUGUAUACAAUGCAUUGCGCGAACAAAAGAAAUUUGAUACACUUCGGGGUCGACAAGAGGAUUCAGAAGAAUUCCUCUGCUUUUUAUUGGAUGGUUUGCAUGAGGAAAUGACAGCUGUACUCAAGGAGCAACAGGAUAAAAAGGAAGCAGAAGCUGCAGCUGCUGCAAAGGCUGCUGGUGGCGACGAUUGGUUAGAAGUGGGCGCCAAAAACAAGACAAGCAAUCUACGCUCUACUGGAUUCCAAGAAUCACCCAUCUCCAAGAUCUUUGGAGGUAAAGUUCGAUCUGUAUUGCGAUGCCCUGGAGCUAAAGAUUCAAUUAAUCUCGAGCCAUAUCAAUCCUUGCCCUUGGAUAUCCAACCUGAUAAUGUACACUCGAUUGAAGAUGCCAUUGCCAACAUGACUCUACCAGAAACGAUGCAUGAUUACACCUCACCCAAGGGCAUCAAAGUGGAUGCUACCAAGCAAGUGUAUUUGGAAGGAUUACCGCCUGUCUUGAUUUUGCACAUGAAGCGGUUUGUAUUUGACAAUGUGGGAGGCGUUCAAAAGUUAUCGAAACAAGUCAACUAUGGAGCCAGAUUAACGAUUGAUCCCGAAUGGAUGGUGCCAGCUUCUCGUCCCACAGAACCCAUUACAUAUCAACUGUUUGGCUGCGUAUAUCAUCAUGGUACAUCUGCUGGAGGUGGUCAUUACACAUGUGAUAUCAAAAGACGCAACAACGAAUGGCUGCAUAUAGAUGAUACUACUAUCACUUCCGUCUCUGAGCAGGAUGUCUUGGUUACUGAGGACAAUACCCGUACAUCCGAAAAAAUACAUGCUGGCCAGACAGCUUACAUUUUGUUUUAUGUCAGAUCAUCGUAA